AUGUCAGAUCCUUUUAACGAUUAUUCUCAAAAUACUCAAACUACUGACAAUCAAUCAACUACACUCUCAUGUAGUGUUCCAGUUCUUUCUCUUCUUGCUACUGUUUUUGGUUGGGUUGGUGGAAUUAUCAUUUUCUUCCUUGAAAAGCAAAACGUUUAUGUACGUGCUGUUGCCCUUCAAUCAUUUAUUAUCAAUGGAAUUGUAUUUAUGGUUGCACUCUUCUGUCUUUGUUUCUAUUGGGCUGGGUUAUUCUUUGUUAUUUGUUUCUGGAUAAUGUUUGUUAUUACAAUAGCAGUUAUUGUAGUACUUGCUGUGAUUGCUUUUAUCAAAUCAAAAUCUGGUGAUUUUAUUGGUAUUCCAUUCCUUGAUAGAUGGAUUCUUUCUAUUGCUAAUCAGUAA